CAACAACCGCCCCGUAACACCCUUCGAAACUUAGCCCAACCAGUUAUCGGGCCAGUCACUUCAUGCAUUCGUUUGCCGGACGCUGUACGAAAUUACGAGCUUAAAUUGAUUCACUACAACCAGCUGCCAGCAUUCCAUGGGCUCCCGAGUGAAGAUCCGCUUAACUUCAUCCGAGAGUUUUACAAUGUGCUCAACACCUUUCCUCUCAACGGGCUGAACGAGGACCAGUUGAAGCUGAGGUGUUUUCCCGAGACUCUGAAGGACCGGGCCAAGGCCUGGUUCAUGACACUUGCACCUGGCUCUCUCACUACAUGGACCGAGGUGUACUCGAAGUUCAUUGGGAGAUAUUACUCCCAUCAGAAGACUCAAGAGCUCCGGUCACAGAUCGUAUCGUUUGCUCAAUUACCGAACGAGUCUCUUCAUGAGGCUUGGGAGCGAUUUAAGGAUCUCCAACGGCAGUGCCCUCAUCACAACCUCUCCCCGGGGCUACUCAUGAACGGCUUCUAUGAUUCCCUCCACCAGAACUUGCAGUAUAUGGUCGACAACGCGGCGGGAGGUGAUAUCGGAGCAAGGACAGCCGAGGAGAUGUUUGAGAUCUUUGAGACGAUGAGUACCAACUCGUCUCAGAAGAGCACGCGAGGCAAGAGGGCAGUAGUGAGCGAGGUCGGUACAAGCAAUGAUGCAGUGGCCCAACAGCUAGCUGAACUUACUGAGCAGAUGAGGCUGCUUACCGCACGAGGGUCCCAGCCAGUUAAUACAUUCGCUAUUGAUACUUGUGGGGCGUGUGGAGUCCCAGGGCAUAGGUCCGAAUUAUGCCCCUCAUCUUUCGAGCAGGACCCCAGUGAGCAGUAUGCAGAUGCCAGUGCCUUACAAGGAUAUCAGAAUCGGCCGGCCAAUGACCCAUAUUCCAACACGUUUAACCCAGCUCUGGGAAAUGGGAAGGUAGCUUCGGGGAUGCUCGAUCUCGGAGCUGGAAUUAAUCUUAUGCCUUUCUCGAUUUUCCAGAGGCUUGGCCUUGGGGAUUUGAGGCCGACUCGCAUGUGCCUCCAGUUAGCAGACCGUUCCAUCAGGUACCCGAAGGGGAUAGUCGAGGAUGUUCUCGUGAGGGUUGGUAAGCUUAUCAUUCCAGUGGAUUUCGUCAUUCUAGACGUCGGGGAUGUGCACGAGAACGGGAAAGAUCACACCAUCCUUCUCGGGAGACCCUUCAUGGCGACGACCAAUACUCUCAUUGAUGUGAAGAACGGGACCCUGAACAUGACGGUUUUAGGGGAAUCAGUGUCUAUUUCUGUCCGAGAAGCCAUGUCUUCAUCUUCUGUCAACUUUAUAGAAGAAUGUGCUUUUAUUGAUCUUGAUGAUUCCUUUGUUGAUGAGAUGGUAUUUCAGGAGUUCGAAGACAAGUCGUUGCCGGGAGACAUCAAGGGGAUUAGUCCCUCAACAUGCAUGCACCGAAUUAUCCUGGAGGAAGGAGCCAAGUCGUUUCGGGAUAGCCAGCGACGGCUAAACCCGAAUAUGAUGGAGGUAGUGAAGAAAGAGGUGCUGAAAUUGUUUUCUGAGGGGUUGAUAUACCCGGUGGCGAGCAGUGAGUGGGUCAGCCCCAUUCAUGUGGUGCCAAAGAAGGGAGGCAUAACCGUGAUCGAGAAUGACAAAAAGGAGUUGGUCCCCACCCGCAUCACUACCGGGUGGCGCAUGUGCAUUGAUUAUAGGCGACUGAACGCUGUGACCAAGAAGGACCACUUUCCAUUGCCGUUUAUCGACCAGAUACUUGAUCGUCUUUCGGGCCAUCAGUUCUACUGCUUUUUGGAUGGGCUCUCCAGCUACUACCAAGUGGCCAUCGCACCCGAGGAUCAGCCCAAGACGACAUUCACGUGCCCCUUUGGUACUUUUGCGUUCAGACGGAUGCCUUUUGGUCUAUGCAAUGCACCGGGUACGUUUCAGAGGUGCAUGUUCUCUAUCUUCUCCGAUAUGCUCGAGGACUGCUUGCAGGUAUUUAUGGACGACUUUUCUAUUUUUGGUGAUUCAUUUUCUCAUUGUCUCCGUAAUUUAUCUCGUGUCCUCGAACGUUGCAUUGAGUCCAAUUUGACUUUGAGUUGGGAAAAGAGUCAUUUUAUGGUGAGAAGUGGAGUUGUUUUAGGUCAUAUUGUUUCUUGUAGGGGGAUUGAGGUCGAUAAGGCCAAAGUUGAUGUGAUUGAAAAACUUCCCCCUCCUAUGAAUGUUAAGGGAAUUAGGAGUUUCUUGGGGCAUGCGGGGUUUUAUAGGAGGUUUAUUAAGGAUUUUUCUAAGAUUAGUCAGCCUUUAUGUCAUUUGCUUGCUCAAGAUGUGCCAUAUGUCUUUGAUGAUGCUUGUUUAUGUGCUUUUAAUGAGUUAAAGAGCAAGCUUGUGAGUGCCCCUAUUGUGAUUGCCCCUGAUUGGUCGAUUCCUUUUGAAAUCAUGUGUGAUGCAUCUAAUCUUGCUGUGGGAGCCGUUUUGGGUCAACGGGUUGAUAAAUUGCUUCGCGUGAUUUAUUAUGCUAGUUUGACUCUUAAUGGGGCCCAACAGAACUACACUACCACCGAAAAGGAACUUCUAGUUGUGGUCUUUUCUCUUGAAAAAUUUCGAUCAUACAUUUUGGGUUCUAAAGUCAUUAUUCACUCAGACCAUGCGGCUUUGAAGUACCUUUUGAGCAAAACUCAUUCUAAACCACGGCUCAUUCGGUGGAUCUUAUUACUGCAAGAAUUUGAUGUUGACAUUAAAGAUAGGAAAGGUUCUGAAAAUGUAGUUGCUGAUCACUUGUCACGCAUUGUACCUUCUGAGUCAUCAUCUUCAUUGAUUGCGCAUCAUUCUAUUAAUGAUAAUUUUCCUUAUGAACAUGCGCAUGAAGUGUCGAAAAGUGUUUGGUAUGCUGACAUUGUGAACUAUUUGUGUUGUGGUAAACUGCGGCCUAAUCUCUCUUCCCAAGAGAGAAAGCGUUUUCUUGCUGUGUGUAGGGAUUAUUUCUGGGACGAGCCAUUACUUUUCAAGAUGGGGAAGGAUGAGGUGCUUAGACGAUGUGUACCAGAAGAGGAACAAGCCGCUGUCCUCACAUUCU